UGCGAAACGACGAAACUACCCCGUACCUCGAAGCCCAAUUAGCGGAGAAAAUCUCGUAAUUAAAAUCGAAAAGCGAGGGCGGUUUCCAUAAAACCCCUCAACUUGGUCUUUUGCUUUCUCUGCGCCUCUUAUUUCCAGCACUGCGAGUCUGCGAGAGAGAAAGUCGGAGUGAAAAAAGAAAGAGAGAGAAGAUGAAGGGGUGCGAGCUGUGUGGGAAUGCGGCGAGGAUGUACUGCGAGGCGGACCAGGCUAGCUUGUGCUGGGACUGCGACGAGAAGGUGCACUGCGCGAACUUUCUGGUUGCGAGGCACUCCAGGAGCCUGCUCUGCCAUGUGUGCCAGUCUCCGACUCAGUGGAAUGCCUCGGGGCCCAAGCUCACUCUCACCGUUUCAGUCUGCGACGGCUGUGUCGAGAGCCACCGCAGAUCGGUAUGCGACGGUAAGGAUGAGGUUGUAGUGCUGAGCGAUGAUGGUGGUCAUGAUGAUGAAGAUGAUGAUGAUGAUGGAGAAUAUAGUUUUGCUGGGUAUGAGGAUGAGGAUGAGGAUGAGGAUGAGGACGAGGAUGAGGAUGAAGAGGGAGAGAAUCAGGUGGUUCCCUGGUCUGGUACUUCUUCGGAGCCUCCGCCGCCGCCGGCAAGUUCUUCUGGUAGCGAGGAGGACGGGGAGGCGGAGCUGUCGACUGCUUUUUCGGCAUUGAAGCGGGCGCGAGAGAGUACAGAUCUCGAUUCAGAUGAUGAGAUCGGGUGCUCCUCUGUUAGAAUGGCCUCUGGAGCAUCAGCCAGUGAGGAAGCGAGCUCUUCGGGCUCAACCAGAGCUACUAAGCAGCGAAGAAUCGCCGAUGCGAUCCAACCAGAGGGAGCCCGAGAAGAGUCAAGAUCGACGGCGAUCAUAAGCACGCUCAGACGUAUCCAAAACGACAAGAUCGUGAACGGUGACAACGCGGCCGCUACAGUUCUUGGGAUUUGCAAGCUGAGCAGAGACCACAGCCGCUGAUCUGUGAAUCUUUUUCUUUCUUUUUUCCCUUCACUAACUCCUUAUUAUUCCUAACCACAGAAUUUGGGGUAGUUUUACUUUUUUCCCCUCAUCCAUGAUUGUGCACAUCCAUGUUUGAACUAAGCUUGUUUGUGAGUUGGUGGAUUUUUUCUUUUUUUAAACCUAA